AUUUGCCAUCGAGAGAGCGAGAAAACUGAAGACGACGACGAAGUCGUCCAGUCGAAAAGCGGAAAAAGUGUGCGUUGAGUGUCGUUUAUCCUCAUCAAAAAGUGUUCGGGGUGUAAAUAUCUUACCACGGAAGCGCUUGUUAAUUUAUCUCCCAGGAAAGGAUUAUCCAUUUGCCACUGGAACUAGCCUCGUCGAGCAUAAUUUUGUUCUCAGUUACUUGCUCCACGCACGCCUUAACCCGCUUUCGAUAGUACUGCUCAACACUAUAAACUGAAAUCUAACCAACGUAACAAUGUUCAUCUGGGACUGGUUCACUGGCGUUUUGGGUUAUCUAGGUUUAUGGAAGAAAUCGGGCAAAUUACUAUUCCUAGGCCUGGACAAUGCUGGUAAAACGACGCUGCUGCAUAUGCUCAAAGACGACAGACUAGCACAGCACGUACCAACGUUACAUCCCACGUCGGAAGAGCUUUCCAUCGGGAACAUGAGAUUCACCACAUUCGAUCUAGGUGGUCACACACAGGCUCGUCGUGUCUGGAAGGAUUAUUUCCCGGCGGUGGAUGCGAUCGUUUUCCUGAUCGAUGCCUGGGAUCGCAGCCGGUUCACAGAGAGCAAGAACGAGCUGGACUCGCUGCUAACCGACGAGGCCCUUUCGAAUUGCCCGGUGCUGAUCCUCGGGAACAAAAUCGACAAACCUGGCGCGGCUAGCGAAGACGAGUUGAGGAAUCACUUUGCCCUGUAUCAACUGACCACUGGCAAGGGCAAAGUACCACGCAAUGAGCUGCCUGGACGCCCACUAGAGCUGUUCAUGUGUUCUGUGCUGAAAAGGCAAGGAUACGGAGAGGGAUUCCGUUGGCUCGCUCAGUACAUCGAUUAAUACUGGGAAGCUAGAUUUGCACACUUAGUUGGAACUAAACAAAUUCAAAAACAAUAGCAGCAAAACAGGCAACAACGAUUGUGCAAAUGAACGAGGCGGAUGUGGGGAUAAGCACCGUAACAUCUUCAAAAUGCAACGGCAGCAGCAUCAGCGGUGCUUUGGCGGAGUUUAGAAAAAAAAGAGAAUGUUUCAGGCGUUGGGAUAAAGAAGUAUUUAGGGGAGCGUGAUAUUUAAUACUAAUAGUUGAAACCAAUUUAAGCAUCAUCACUGAAUCACAACAGCAAAUCUGCGUGAUAAAAACACAUCUUUAGACAACUUUUUUUUGACAUGUUGAAGACGUCUAAAUCUAAACUGGAAACAAACAGAAACCAUAGCUUAUAGAGCAAUGAAACCUUUUAUCGUUUGUAUGUUCAUCAUCUGUUCAACUUGUACUGUUUUUUCUGUACUAUCUUCCACGUUCUGUGUUAAAAAAAUAGCAUUUAGUUUACAUUCAACACAACGCAUUCUGAAAGAAAAAGACAGACUAUCGCGCGCAACCAGCGGGGAAGAGGGUGUGUCGGAAGAAAGGGUCAGAACAAACCACAAAAUUUGAAGACAAAUAAUCAGGCAAACCGGAAUAUUAUCUACCGAUCAAUAAACAAAAUCCUCCACAAUUUUUAAAUAUAA